CUCUUCUCGCGCGCUGGUUAAAAAGAAGGAGGAAAGAGCACGAGAAAACAUGUGAGCGCUCUGAGGACUUUAGUGAGAGGCAACUUUUAUUUUCUUAUGUGUUUUUUUCUCCACCCGUGCAUGUCCACACUCUCUGAAGGAAUUACAUUUGAAAGGAACGUCACGGCUCUUUUUUGUGUUUGUGUGUGUGUUCACCAGGAUAAAUUGUGUUAUUGCUUUGCUUUUAUUUUGAUUUUUUUAUAUAUAUUUGCGCUAUAUAAUCAAAAGAAGCAUUAAUUUAUUUUUUAAAACACUUGCCUUCAUUGCAGUGAAUCAAAUUUUGGGAUACCUGCGUUUACAAACAACUCAUUUGUAAUUAACGGCUUUUGCUGCUUGGAAAAUAGAGCUCAAAUAAAUAUACCAUUCAAUACUGCAGGUUAACAUCUCUAUUUUGUAAGAAAAAAGGCGAGUCAUAUUUUGUAUUUUUCUAUUUUUUAAUCUCUCUCUAUAUAUUUUUUUUAAUUUUAUUUGAUGAUUUUUUGAAACUAUGAAGCAUUUGCAAUUUGUGCUCGUCCUGGCCAUCGCGGUCAACGUGUGGGAAUGUGGGGACGCAAAGUUCGGCGAGAGAGGAGAGAUCAGCCCCAGGAGGAGAAGAUGUUACGACGGGAGUUUGCCCAAGCGGCUGAAGAAAAGGGAGCGAAAAGUGUUGCUUGACGGCAGCAGCAGCAGCGGAGACGUUUGCCACAGGUUGUAUCCUCGGGUGUCCUGCUGUCCUACCAGGAGAGCCGCCUAUCAGAUCCUCCACCGCAGGGAUGCCAGGAUUUUCUCCACCAACAAUACAGAAUGCGGACGACUCCUGGAGGAGAUCAAGUGUGCUCGCUGCUCCCCCAAUGCCCAGGUGUUGUUCCACUCCUUGGACAUGGAUAAGAUGCCACACAGGGAGCCAGACCUGCCGCGGCUGUGCCAGGACUUCUGCCGCGAGUUCUACUACACCUGCAGGGGGCACAUACCAGAGCUGUUCCAAGCUGAUGUGGAUGAGUUCUGCCAAUACUAUGGGAGGAGAGAUUCCAGUUUAUGCUUUCCAGAUUUUCAGAGAAAGCAACCACAUGGGCAAGAUUCCAACUAUUUGGGAGAUGAGAAAAUAGAAGAUAUCAGCAGGAAACACAAACACAACUGCUACUGUGCCCAGGAGGUGUUGAGUGGUCUAAGGCAGCCGGUGGCUGUGAUGCACUGUGGUGAUGGUUCCCAGCGGCUCUUUAUCCUGGAGAGGGAGGGAAUUGUCAGGAUACUCAACCAUGACCUCGAACUCAUCAAGGAGCCCUUCUUGGACAUUCACAAGCUUGUGCAGAGUGGCCUGAAGGGUGGAGAUGAAAGGGGCCUGCUAAGCCUGGCAUUCCACCCCAAUUACAAGAAGAAUGGCAAGCUCUACGUCUCCUACACCACCAACCAAGAGCGCUGGGCCAUCGGACCACACGACCACAUUCUCCGUGUGGUUGAAUACACCGUUUCGAGGAAAAAUCCAAACCAGGUGGACACCAGGACAGUCCGGGUGCUCAUGGAAGUGGCAGAGCUACACAGGAAACACCUUGGGGGUCAGCUUCUUUUCAGCCCUGACGGUCUGCUGCACAUCAUUCUGGGAGACGGCAUGAUCACUCUGGAUGAUAUGGAGGAAAUGGAUGGACUCAGUGAUUUCACAGGGUCCGUGUUAAGGGUAGAUGUGGACACAGACUGUUGUACGUCAGCCUACUCCAUACCACGCAACAAUCCCUACUUCAACAGCACCAACCAGCCACCUGAAAUCUUUGCCCAUGGAUUACAUGACCCAGGCAGGUGUGCAGUGGAUCGACUUCAGACAGACAAUGGCAGUCUCCUAAUCCUCUGUACAGAUGCCAGUGGCAAAAACACAUCAGCAGGAAGAAUAUUGGAAAUUACUAAAGGGAAGGAUUAUGAAAAUGAGCCCUCUGUCUAUGACCUGCAGUCCAGUGGAGGAGCACCACCUGUGGGGGGCUUCAUCUACAGAGGCUGCCAAUCUAGAAGACUUUAUGGCAGUUAUGUGUUUGGAGAUAAAAAUGGUAACCUGCGGAUCCUUCAGAAGUCUACAUUUCCAUCAUCAUCCAGUGAUGAACAGUGGCAGGAGAAACCUCUGUGUCUGGGCUCAGCUGGCUCCUGCGGCUCUGCGCUUGUUGGACACAUCUUGGGUUUCGGAGAGGAUGAACUGGGCGAAGUCUACAUACUGGCAAGCAGUAAAAGCAUGGCACAGUCACACAGUGGAAAACUCUACAAGCUGGCAGACCCCAAAAGCCUGCAACAACAAAAGCCAGCAGGGAUGGAGUCUGGAGUUGGGUGCUGAUGGGAGCAUGGGAAUCACCCCCCCUACCCUCCAUCCUUCAAAUUUAAAGCAACUUUAACACACACACACACACACACACACACACACACACACACACACACAGUAUUGUCACCGCCAUCGGUCAGUCUGUCUGUCUGCACAUUCACAGCACAGAACAGUCACAGUCAAAUAAAUACAAUUAGUAUCACACAAAACCGUGUUUAGUUAUUUAUUUGCCGGAUUUUUAAUAAAAGUUGAAAAACAGUGAGUGAGACAUGCUCAUAUCUGUUAAAGUAGUCAAGGUCAGAAGAGGUGAUUUCACCAAAGUCGAACACUAACAGCACCUAAUAGUGAAUUCGCUGUCAAAUCUGCUUCUCACAUGGAUCUGCUGCUAUAUGCAAAUAUGGUUGGUUUCAGCUUUAACAUGCAAAAUGCUUGUUGUAGCUCCUGAACUCCAUCUAGUUUUGGCUUCUGCUGCUGAUUGACCAUUUGCUCUAUCGCCAUGAUUGAUGAGGCCUGUUCUCGCAUGGACUAAGCAUUACAUACACAGUCACCCACUCUGACCUCACUGCUCACGCCUCUCAGCUCUCAUACCAGCAUCAGCCCACAGGAGUCCAGUUACUCUGCCUGUGUGUGUGCACGUGUUCUCAUUGUCCCACAACGUCCAGUGUUUUCUUUACCUCAACACGACAGUAGUGUUUACAUAUCUAUAUUUCUUCCUCACAAACGCACACGUUGAUGUGUGUGUGUGUGUGGGCAGCAGGCAUUAACAGACGCUUCACAUUUGAACUCGAUUACACACUCGCCGUAUUAUUUCCAGAUUUGUAGAGCGUGAUAUGAAAUAAUUCUGUUUCAGCCCAUUUGCUGAUGUGCGUGUCUGGAUGUUUGUCUUCAUAUGAAAUGAUCACAAUGUGUCUCUUUGGUGUUCAGUCUUGACGCAUAUGGUGUGGAGAUGUUUGUGUUUGUUUCUGUGUGCGUUUUCCAGAUUGUGUUUAUAUCCGUGAGAGCCCAGUGUUAACCCUGUGUUGUUGUUGUUUUGUUCUGCAAAUAAUGAGAAUGUAAGUCAAAAUAAUAAAAGCGCAGCACUUGACAUGGCUAGUGUCCCAGCUGUACAGUUUAGGUCCAUCUUAGACAGUACAUUCAAAAUUAGCGUGCUAUAAAGUGACAGACUGAAAAAUAUCAGCACAGGGAUGUUAUUAUUAUUAAUAGUAUUUUAACUAGAGAGGUCAGAAAUCUGCAUGUGCAUCAUUUUAAAAGUGCUGUCCCAUUUAGGUUGCAUAUCAACAAAAGCUAAUAGCUAGAACUACAAGUCAUGUUGACAUCACAGACGCAACAUAUGUGAUGGCAGAUUUGUUCUUCUUGUACCGUUCAAAAAUAGCUUGACGGUAAACAAAUGCCUACAGCGAUCACGAUACAUCAAGAUGAAGUGUUAGAUGUUUUAAUACAACAUAUUUCCUACAGCACUUCCACAAAUCAUGCUACAGAAUUGCUGUGUACCUCAGCCAGCGAGAGUUGGAUGACGUUUUUGUUUUUGUCUAGUCUAAACUUUUUGUUUAACGGGACAUUUUUAAAAAGUUACGAAUGGAUUUUGCACGAAACUUUGUGGAAACGGAAAGUGAUCUGGCAAAUCAGGGCUGAUGUGUGUUGGUGGGCGAGACUCAAACUUCUAAACAGACUCAUGUAACACAGCACUUCUAAAAGCAGACAAAAAGAAGGAAACCAUCCAUUACUAGCCCAAUCAAACACCCCGUGGACACCGGAGAAUCUCAUUUUUGGACUAAGUUUUGGACAUAAUACCAGUUUCUUCAUUUAAGACGGCAGCGGAACACAGAACAGAUGCAGUGCUGAUUAGUGGGUAGAAUUUAAACAACAUAUCGCACGUUUCAUGACAUGCUGUCCAAAUAUUGAAUUACAGCAUGACUGCACACCUUUAUAUAACACUUUGCUUUCCACUGAUAAAUCAAUACGACCCUGUUUCCAUUCGUAAUCAUUUCCAGUACGUGGCUGCUAUCAGACGUAAACUGAACUGUUAAACUAAUUUAAAACGAUGAGGUCGUGACUUAGCCACGUGACCUUUGAGUCGAUGUUUUUAAUUUCUUGUGUUCACUCAUAACUAGAAUAAUGGCAAACAGCAGUUUGGUACAUUUACAGCAGCUGGAAAAGAAACACAUUAAGAUGUUUAGCAGAAUUUUAACCUUGACAUGUUUUUUAUUGUUAUGAUAUAUUGCUACUAUUUGUAGCGUAACCAUUAUUUAAAGUCCCUUUCUGGUCUUUCAUUUAACCCGUCAUUUCUAUGUACCAAAAAAAGUCCCUUCCUGCCUUAAAUGAGCUCUACACUCAUGGCUCAUCUACAAUAAGUAAAUCUACACAGUCUCUGCCUCAUAUGUUCAAAGCAGAAAGUGAUUCUGAGGAGAAUAUUAUUGGUUCCGCAAGUCUGAAUCUGCUUCUGAGACCCAGGUGUUCAGCCAUGGUGCUGCCUGUUUAUUUAACUAAUGAUAUCUCUUCUAUCGUCUAAGAAAAAAACACACCAUGUCAUAAAGAUUACCAACAAAAAAGACACAGCCAGAAAAGUUGAUUCUCACCACAGGGAGGCUUUACAGUCACACUAAACUGUCAUUGAGUGCCUGAAAUACAACUGCAUUUUUAUUUCUAUUUACGUAAAAAUCUUAUUUUAUCAGUGUGACUUCACUGAAAGACAUUAAGCGGGAUUGUAUUAAAUGAAUGUUUAACUCCGCUGCCUGUGAUUCCUUACCAUGCCGUGUGAUGCUUCUGUCGCCCACAUACUAGCUUUCCCUCUUGUUUUUACCAACUGUUGCAGGCCUCAUGCCCCUAAGGAGUGCCAGCGUCAGGUGGAGCCGCCAGAGCUGCUGAUGACAGCUUGUUCCCGACACUGUAAGAACGGACACUGCACUCCCACUGGCAAGUGCUGCUGCAGCCCCGGCUGG